AUGCUCGCGCCACGACUCGGACUCUACCCCAGCUUCCGACUCCAACUCGACGUGGUCGUCUACAAGCUGAAGAAGACGCGAUUCUCCAAGGCCAAGGCCAAGGCCAAGGCCAAGUCCAAGUCCAAGGCCAAGGCCAAGUCCAAGGUCCCCAAGCCGCCGGAUCAGGGCGGGGCGUCUGACGACACUCCGUCAUCAGUCUCGCUCGACGCCGACAUCUCCGAUCCAGACUUUCUCUACUCGUCCAACUCGUCCGGCCUUGCGGUCGGCCUCCCGCCGCUCUCCGACUCGGAGUGGGCGUCGCGGACGCAGGAGAUCGAAGAGUUCCGCGCACGUAUGCGCGCCGCCAAAGCCGGGGCUAAGGUUUCUGAACUCGGCGAGACCAACAUCACCAUCCUUGCCGGCUGGUCCUCGGUCAACGGCCUACUCUCGAAAAGUGUCUCGUUCGGCGAGGCCAUGCUCGAGGCCGCAGAAGCUGCCCGCCGCGCCCGCGCUGCCUGGCUGGCCUCGCUCGAGGAGCUGGCCCAGGAAGCAACCGGCCCUCUCUCGGCCGUGCUCGGUGACCUUGGUGCUGGCCUCGCCACCGCUGUCGACAAGUACAUGCAUCUCGAUGUGAAGACCAACAAGCGGCUGCGCGCCCUCGAGGAGCACUUUUUGGCGCCGCUGGCAGAGACUCACGCGGCCUCGGUCUCGGUCUUUGCCUCGUGGAAUGAGUCGUACAUCACAAACGACACUGCCCACCUCGACGAGGUGCUCGAGCGCAAGGCGCUCGUCGAUGAGGCGGCGGCCAUCACCCGCGAGCAAGGCAACGCCUCGUUCCUUAUAUCCGGCCGAGACUUUGCGCUCAAGCAAGUCCGCCAGUUUCACGCCACUGCCAACUCGUGGCGUGACUUUCGCGUCGAAGCGUCGCGCGGCAUGAACCUUGCCCUCCGCUCCAUCUUCUCUGACUCGCUCGGCCUCCUCGCCUUUGCCGACAAGAUCGCCGUCGCCGAAGCCUCGUCGCUCAUCUCCAAGCUGAAGCCGCUCUCGCCGACCCUCCUUCGUCUCAAGCUCCUUUCUCCCACCCUCCCUGCCAAGACCCGUGCACUGCUUGACGCCACAGCCGCCGCCUCGGUCACCGUUGACGCCGUCCCGGAAUCGGCGCUUUGGUCCGCCGACGCGCUCGCCGAGCGCCUCGAGGCCGCCGCUGCCGCCACAGCUCUCGCUGCGCCGCCCACCGCCCACUUUUUGCCCACCUUUCACUCAGAUGACGGAAGCGCCACCUCGGACAUCCCGCAGCUCUCUGUCUUGGUCUCGUCGUCUGAUCUCGCGCCGCCGCGUCCCUCGCCGCUCAACCGGACCUUCCACGGCAUUCGCCGCGAGAACUCACUUCCGGACGCAUCCGGCUUCAAUGGCUCGAGCGCCUCGCUCGCCUUUAGCCGCGAAGACUCGAUGGCCUCGGUGUCGCGACAGGGCUCGGGCAUGUUUGCGCGUGGCUCGCCGUCACCCAAGGACUCGAUCCUGCGCCGGGCGCUCGGCGGCGCGCACGCGCUCAAGCUCCAGGCAACUGCCACGUCGCUGGCGUCGUCGACCAUUGCAAAUCUCCGCUCGGCGUCGCGGGCGCGGCUCCUUGGCCGCUCCGACUCGAACGCCUCCAUCAUCAUUCAGCGUGAGUUCCAGGCCCAUCGCUUCUUCCGUCGCUGGCGAACGCUACAAACCUUCCGCGCCGUCGUCGAGCGCGUUGUGCAACGUGCACGCGGCAUGAUCACGCUCCCGGCAGCGCUGCCGUACUGGCACGACCCGUACGACCACUCCAACUGCUCGGUCACCUUCAACGGCCUCGAGCUCGAGCUCCUCAUCCGCAAGCUCACCCAGCCAUUUGCCACUCACACCGAGCUCCUGCAUGUCUUCCUCACCACCCACACUCUCUUUGUGGCGCCCGACAAGCUCUUUGACCUCCUCGUCCUCCGCUUUACAUCUCAGCCAAAGAACCUGACCGCCGCCGCCCUCGCCUCGUUCAAGGCCCACACCCGCGACGCCCUUCAGACUGCCGUCCUCCACUUUAUCGAUGCCUGGGUCCACUUUUCGUCGAGCCACCUCCUCACCACGCGAACUGGCCCCGUCAUCUGCGACUGGUUGGGUGGCAUUUCUCCAUCGAGCGAGGUCGCGCCCGAGGUCGCUGCCAUCGCCUCGGACCUCGCUGCCAAGCUCACCAAACACUCGGCGUCAGUUGCGCGGCUCACCAACUUUCCCGACUCGAUUCUCCUAACGAGCAAGCCGAUCUCGGUACUCGACGUCGAGCGGGUCCAUGCACUCGAGCUCGCCCGCCAGCUAUGCCUCCUUGACUGGGCGCCCCUCGCACGGCUCCAGCCGCGUGAGCUCCUUGCACAGGGCUGGUCCAAGGCCAGCGCGGCGAGCAACUCGCCCAACGUCCUUGCUCUCAUCGAGCGAUUCAAUCUUGUGUCCGAGUGGGCGGCGACGGAGAUACUGCUCUCGCCGACGCCGCAGGAACGGGCGGUCAAGAUCUGCCUCCUCGUCGACGUGGCGACCAACUGCCUCGCGCUGGCGAAUUUUUCCUCGCUCAUGGCCAUCAUUUCAGCGCUCGAGUCUGCGGCCAUCUCACGGCUCAAGUUUACCUUUGAGCUUGUGCCGGAGGACUACCUCAUGCAGUUCAAGGUGCUCAAGGAGGUCAUGUCGAUGAACCACAACUACCUCAACUACCGCGACAAGCUCAAGGCGACCGAGCCGCCGGCGGUGCCGUACAUGGGUGUCUUCCUCGCCGACCUCGUGUUCAUUGACGACGGCAAUCCCGACACGCUCCUCCGGUCGUCGCCGCUCAUCAACGUCGAGAAGCACCGCAUGACAACCUCGGUCAUCGACACCAUCCUCCGUUGCGCCUCGGUCCCGUACGCGCUCUACCAGGUGCCGCCCAUCCAGGCAUACCUCCUCCGCGACAACUUGCCGCGGCUCGACGAGAACCAGCAGUACAAGCGGUCACUCGCGCUCGAGCCGCGGUCGGCGACCGCCAAAUCGGUCGGCUCGCGCCGGCGCCGCAUCAAGUACACCCCGCAGCGCGGGAACCAGCGGCCCGAGUUUGACGCCGGCGACGACGCUCAGCUCAUCGAUGACCUGCUCCGUCACAUGGAGCGCCGCACCGUGGCCAAGGGCGAGCACAUUGUCCGCGUCGGCGAGACCGGCCGCUCCAUGUUCUUCCUCGUCGACGGUGUCGUCGAGGUUGAGCUCCCCGACGGCCGCUCGUUCCUCUGCAACCAGGGCGCGUUCUUUGGCGAAAUCGCCAUGUUCCUCGACCAGCCGCGCUCGGCCUCCAUUCGCGCCCACUCGGCCGCCACCAUUCUUGUCCUCACACGCGAGGUCUGCGAUGACGUCAUGUCUGCAUACCCCGAGCUCCAGUUCAAGUUCCAGCGACUCGGCGAGGAACGGCUCCGCGCCGACGAAGCCGGGUCUGACUCGUCCAACUCAAAGCUCCGCAAGUGGAUGCGCAAGAUUGCCGUCUCGGCCACCGAACGCGCCAUCAACUACACUUUUCCCACAGAGUGAUGCUACCGCGGCUGCAACUGCCCGUCCGCCGCCGCGGCCUUGAGCUGCGGGAUGAGCUCAAGCAUCUCCUCGGUCAUGCCCAGCAGCUGAGGGUCGACCACCUCGCUGUCGACCUCGUCGCCGCGGAGCUCGAGC